AUGCCACCCACACGAGAGCGUCUCCUCGAGCUGGCCAAGGUGUCAUGCCGCAUCUUCUCCACAACAUUCAACCCCACCAACGCCCGCACGGGGAACAAGGUGCUGCGCCAGCGGCUCAAGGGCCCGACGCUGCUCGAGUACUACCCGCGCAGGAUCGCGACGUUCAAAGACCUCAAGAGACACUUCCCCAUGAUGGAGUUUUACGACCAUGAGGAGGCGCAGAGGCUGCAGGAUUUGGAGGCGAAGAAGGCGAGAGGGAAGGGGGCGCCGAAGAAGAUCAGGACGAAGGAGGAGGCGGGGGCGAAGAAGGGGAAGAAGAGGUGA